AAAAAUUCAGAGCCCACUCACACUAUAUUCACUCGUUCCUCGCAUUUCACUCCGAUUCUCUUCUCCCAGGGUUAGGGUCUCUUCUUCGAUCAGUCUCCAAUUCAUCCUAAUCGCAUCUGGGCGUUCAAAAAUUGGCAAUGGAUAUAGUUCGGAGCUGCAUCCAGCACAUGCUGAAGGUGGUGAAUUCGCUGGUAGGUCUCUCAGGGCUCCUCAUGAUCUUGUAUGGUUGCUGGAUGUUUACCACCUUGCAAACGCACGUGACCUGCUCGGAUGAUGCCCUUUGCUUUUGGUUCAUCUACACUACUAUUGGUGUGGGCUUCUCUGUGGAUUUGAUCGCCUGGACAGGUCAUAUUGCUGCCGAGACUUGUAAUACUUGUUCUUUGUACUCUUACGUGUUUUUCAUCUACAUCUUUCACCUUCUGGAAACUAACCUGGUGGCAAAUGUAUUCUUAAACAAAAACUGGGAAGAGGGCUUUCCAAAGGACACAACUGGGAACAUUGAUAAGAUCAAAGAUUUUAUUGAAGAUAACUACGAGAUAUGCAAAUGGAUUGGCCUGUUAGCAGUGACUGUCCCGGCAGUGUGUGCAUCGCUGGCACUGAUUUUGAAAGCCCUUGAACCCGGAUACCUUGAGGGCCGUCAAGAUUAUGCUCUGGAUAUAGCCCCACUCUUGGAAAAUUAUGUUGCUCAACCUUCUCAUGUUAUUGAUAUCGACCCUGCCUGUGGAUCCAAGCAAGCAUGACUCUUUAAUAUCGGGAUUAACAGCAAG